CUGUCUUACAGGGAGGGAGAGAGAGAGAAAACUAGGGCACUAUUAUCUGGCCUCUUUUUCGAAGCAGAAGCAGAGAUUUGUGGACAGCGAGCUGGAGUGAAGAGAUAGCGUGUUGCCGUGUGACUUUUACAUUUCCCUUAGUGCCUGAGAAGUAAACUAAACCAAAGCGUCAAUUCAAGGGCAGAGGCACUUUCGCGAACUUAUCUUCGGAGGCCACCAUGCUGGAGGACAAGAAGACCAAGGUGAAGAUCACCUUCCUGGUUAUCCUGGUGGGCAUCUCGUCCAUGUUGGCGGCGGUGGUGACGGACCACUGGGCGGUGCUGAGUCCAAGGGUGGAGCGGCUCAACACCACUUGCGAAGCGGCCCACUUCGGACUCUGGAGGCUGUGCAAAAAGAGCAUCUUCAUUGUGGAGGAAGACCCUCAGGGCAAAGGCUGUGGCCCUAUCAGCCUGCCAGGAGUCAAGAACUGCUCCUACUUCAAACACUUCACUUCAGGGGAAGAGGCUGAAGUUUUUGAAGUAAAGACUCAGAAAGAGUACAACAUCUCAGCCGCUGCCAUAGCCAUCUUCAGUUUGGCCUUCAUGACCCUGGGCAGUCUCUGCCUCCUGGGGGCUUUUGGGAAGGGCAGAGACUACCUGCUGAGACCAGCUGGCAUGUUCUUUGCUUUUGCAGGCCUGUGCAUCGUCAUCUCGGUGGAGAUCAUGAGGCAGUCGGUCAAACGCAUGAUUGACAGCGACGAGACCAUAUGGAUCGAGUACUACUAUUCGUGGUCCUUCGCUUGCGCCUGCGCCGCCUUCACCCUCCUCUUCCUCAGCGGCAUCAGCCUCCUCAUCAUCUCCAUGCCACACAUGCCCAGAAACCCCUGGGAGACCUGCAUGGAUGCCGACCCAGAGCCCAUAGACUAGUGUAGCGUCGACCACAGAGUAAGAGCGCAACGCACACUGACACAGGAGUCAAAGUAGCAGAAAGAAUGAUAAUGAUGCAUUGCAUUUAUAGAUGAUGAUAGUGAUGCAUUGAUAUUUUUAACUAAGCAUUGACAGAGACGUCUAAUUAUUUAAAGGGAUAGAUUAUCGUCAGACAGGUUUAAAAAGAUUUGAUGCUGGGUGAAUGAUAACAGAAUCUGUGUUUUUUGGGUAAACUAUCCUAUUAAGGUCUAUCUUACAUGAAUUUUGUAUGUUUUAUGGUAUAUAAAAAAAAUAUUUUUAUGUGCAUGCAUGCUUAUAUAUGCAAUAGAUGACAGCUUAGAAUGUAUAUUUAAGGACUUGAUUUUAAUAUGUAAAGUUUACGAUCUGUUAUUUCUGAAAUACUGGCAUCGAAUGUAAUGAUGGAUGACCAUAAAUGUAUAAGCAAUGGAUAUUUGUUGUAUGGCCGGUUUCGGCAAAUACAGAUUGCAUUUUAAAGUGAGGUGAAUCUCAUAACUUUACUAGUACAGGUUUAUACUUCCCAGGUAAUUUAAGCUGUUAUAUUCUUUACGCACAUCACACUUGGACUUCCUGCUUUUGAGCAAGUGAAUCUCAGAGAUCUGCCUCAAGAAAGACUGUUAAAAUGCCACAACCAUUUCCUGUGUUGAUGUAGUUGGAGCAGAACAUAUUGAAGUUCUUGUCCUUAUUUUAAAAGGGACACUUCACCCAAAAAUUACAAUUCUGUCAUUUAUUAUUCACCCUCAUGUUCUUCCAAAUCUGUAAGACCUUCGUUCAUCUUCAGAACACAAUUAAGGUAUUUUUGAUGAAAUCCGAGAGCUUUCUGACCCUGCAGAGACAGCAGUGCAACUGACAAGUGGGUUUGAAACAACGGUGAAUAAUUAAUGACAGAAUUUUCAUUUUUUGGUGAAAUAUCCCUUUAAUAGUCAGUAGCCUUUAGUUUAAGACACACCACCAAAUCAUGAGUUACUUCUUGGUUGUUUAAAGGCAUAAUUUAGAGGGAAGGACAUUCUUGUCCUCAUUUGAUUGUAUGUUUGGCCAAUUUUCUAGGAAGAAAAGGAUUUAAAAUGUGUGUAUAAAAUGAGUAUACUCAUAUAGAAAAAGUUCAGACUAAUAGACAUGGUGUGAAAUCCACAAAACAUUCAUACAUAUAUUCAUAAACAUGCAUAUUCAAUGAGCUUAUUCUGUUAUUCAUACAGCUUUAUUAUUCUGCAUUGUACUCCACUAUAUUAAAUUUGUAGAAACACAAUAAACCAGGGUUUUAAAAUGCACACUGCCACAUAACAAAUGGACAUUUAAAGGGAUAGUUCACCUAAAAAUGAAAAUGACCCUCGUGUCGUUCCAAACCCGUAAGACCUUCGUUCAUCUUCGGGACACAAAUGAAGAUAUUUUUGACAAAAUCCAAGAGCUUUCUGACCCUGCGCAGACAGCAAUGCAACUGAUACGUACAAGACCCAGAAAGGUAGUAAGAACAUUGUUAAAAUAGUCCAUGUGACAUUAGUGGUUCAACCGUUAUGUUAAGAAAAAGUGCAAAGAAAACAAAAAUAACUAUUAUUAUUUAAAUAUAGCUGCAAGCAGCGAUUACCGGGGUUCUAAUGCUUUAAGGCAUUUAAGCAUAUAUGAAAAAAGACAUUACUUUGCAAGCCUGUAACCACCUAAAAUCAAUAAUUUAACAAAGCAUUUUUGGCAAAUCCAGGUCCAUUUUUCAUAGAAAUUUUGUUUUUCAUCGUGUAUGACCGUUAAAGUGUCAGGUCUGUUCAGAUCUCCUUAAAACUUUCCAGGCUUGUGUAGAAUGUCGCAUGGUGUUCAGCAGGUUUUGUGAAGUUUUGAGUUUUCCUUUAGGCUUUAUAGGAUUUUGGGUAUAUUUGGACAGGCCUUUUUUCUAAACGACCCCAUUAUAGCUUCCUAAAAGGGAAAUUUCAACAUUUUAUUUGAUAAUUAUUGACCUAGAGAGUCCAGAGAAUUGUACUACAGUGUUUUUUGUCUAGAGUGAGCAAAAAACCUAGGACUAGUUCGUAAAAGUAGUUUUUUUUUUUUUUUACAUUUUCUGAAUCAUUUAACAAACAGUUUGAUAGACAGCAGUGGUUCUAGAGGCAAAGUUGUUUGGAACGAGGUGGUCUAUUGUAUGGAGGACUAACUGCACAACGUACAAUCGUUUACAGCCUUGAAAAUGUAAUAUCAACCCCCCAGUGGCUGAUUUCUUUCAAAUUUCUCACAGACUUUUGGGGGCAUGAGUUCCGAUCAGCCUCCGUUAACCUUGUCUAACAGGAGCUCAAAAUUAAUCGGCCAAUGGCGCCCAUGUUUUUUGAGAUACACAAAUGUCCUUACGGACACUUGUGGCAAUUUGGACCAAGACCGUGCACAGCGUUUUUUAUGUUGAUAGGACAAAUGGUUGCGUAGUGAGAAAGCACCACAAUUUUUGUCCUUUGACCUCACCUCUUACAUACAGUAAGUGAUCUGAGUUUGGCGAAGAUAUCUCAUUCCGUUCAGGAGUUAUAGCCAUUUACCAAAAGUGGUCCCACCCUUUUAAAAGUUUUGACGUCCCUUUGUCGAAAGUUCAACUUUUUGUUGAUAAUCAAGAGAAUCUUUCUGCACUGGUUUGGUUUCAAUACGCGCUUGAACCCCUAUUGAUUUCUUAUCUUCCGUGUCAGUUUCUGCCGCGCGUUAAAGGAGAAGUCCACUUCCAGAACAACAAUUUACAAAUAAUUUACCCAACCCCUUGUCAUCCAAGAUGUUCAUGUCUUUCUUUCUUCAGUCGUAAAGAAAUUAUGUUUUUUGAGGAAAACAUUUAAGCAUUUUUCUCCAUAUAAUGGACUGAUAUGGUGCCCCGAUUUUGAACUUCCAAAAUGUAGUUUAAAUGCAGCUUCAAGCAAUCCCAAAUGCGGUUGUAAACGAUCCCAGCUGAGAAAGAAGGGUAUUUUGUAGCGUAACGAUUAGUUAUUGUAAUAAAAAGAAUACAACAUACUUUUUAAUGCUAAACGCUCGUCUUGUCUUACUCUGCUUGGACUGUUUUUGUUCCGGUUCAUGACAGUUAGGGUAUGUAGAAAAACUCCCAUCUCAUGUUCUCCCUCAACUUCGAAAUCGUCGCUGUUUUACCUUUUUUGUUAAGGGUGUUUGAUCUUCUUUGCAUGUUAACAAAGACUGGGUCGGAACUUUGCAGCAAUGAUUUUGAAAUGAUUUUUAAAGUUGAGGGAGAAAAUACCAUCAGAGUUUUUCAACAUACCCUAACUGUCUUGAGUCAGAAUACACAGAGCUCAGGGACAGUAAGGCAAGACAAGCGUGUGAGAUUAAAAAGUAUGUAAAUUGUAUUUUUUAAUGAAAAUAACCGAUCGUUUCACUAGAUAAGACUCUUCUUCCUUGGCUGGGAUCAUUUACAACUGCAUCUGGGAUCGUUUGAAGCCGCAUUUUAAACUGCCUUUUGGAAGUUCAAAAUCGGGGCACCAUAUCAGUCCAUUAUAUGGAGAAAAAUGCAGAA